GUAAUGUAUCUUCUGGGAUCUUGUGUUGGGUUGUGGUAGGGGGUGGAGUGAAUUAUCUAGGGCUAUGGAGUUCAUCCAGAGGCGCGUGGAGCCGUGGAUCAGGGACCAGGGGGCGAAGCUGUUGGGCCUGAAGGCGUCGUGGGGCCCACUCCAGUGGCGCAUGAAGUGGCCCUGGGCUUCCCAGCGCGAGCACAAGAAGCGGAUCCAGGAGGAGUACCUCCGCCUCAGGACCCUCUGGCUCGCCCUUAAGGCCGACUCCGUCUCCGAUUUGCAGGACCUUCUCUGUUGCAUGGUCCUCUCCGAGUGCGUCUACAAGAGACCUGCUGCUGAGAUGAUUCGAGCUGUAAAUAAAUUUAAGGCUGAUUUUGGUGGACAAGUUGUUGCUUUGGAGCGGGUGCAACCUUCAUCAGAUCAUGUUCCUCAUAGGUAUUUGUUAGCUGAGGCAGGAGACACUUUAUUUGCUUCCUUUAUAGGAACAAAACAAUACAAGGAUGUAAUUGCUGAUGCAAACAUACUUCAAGGUGCCAUCUUUCAUGAUGAUGCUGUUGAGGAAUCUGACAAACAUGCAUCGACUGAAUCUGACAAGGAUGAAAACCCAAAAGGAAAAGACUAUAUGUGGAAUCCUCUACAAUCAAGGUCUAAACAACGGAAAUACAAACCUGCAGCUCAUAGGGUAAAUAAGUGUGUUGUCCAAUGUAAUAUUUUUUUCAGUUAAACUAAUUUGUAGUCUGUUGUACAUUUUGGAAAUCUUUAAAUAGGUGUCAUAGUUUAAAAGUUAUAAUUGAGACCCAAUUCUUAAAGCUUUUGAAUGGGUUCCUUGGAUCCAGUCUAAUUAUUAUUGAGAA